AUGACAGAGUUUCCCUGCGAGGUCAUACGGUACGGUCGCAUUGUAGAACGGCUCUAUAGAUUCGGUUGUCCAGACCACGGGAAAUCGACGCUAGCAGACCGGUUAGUCGGACUUACUGGAACCAUUCCUAAGAAGGCUUUCGGUACGAACCAGCAGGUUCUAGACAAGCUCAAAGUCGAGCGUGAACGUGGGAUAACCGUCAAGGCUCAAACUGCAAGUAUGAUAUAUCACUCCCACCAGAAGUACUUGCUCAAUCUCAUCGAUACUCCCGGUCACGUUGAUUUUUCGUGGGAGGUGUCUCGCUCUUUGGCAGCCUGCCAAGGUGCACUCCUGUUGGUAGACGCCACGCAAGGUGUUCAAGCGCAGUCUAUUUCCGUAUUUCACAUUGCCAGAGAGCGCGGGCUCAAAAUCAUCCCUGUACUGAACAAGAUAGACAUGCCUGUAGCGGAUCCAUCACGCAUCACUGCGCAGCUGCAAUCCAUGUUUGGAAUAGACCCUGCAGAGGUCUUACAAAUAUCAGCGAAGACAGGCAGAGGUGUCGAGACUGUCCUGCAGGCUAUCAUCGAACGAAUACCCCCACCAUCAGGAUCUGUGCAUGAGCCCUUGAAGGCUCUCCUCUUUGAUUCACAAUAUGACAGAUAUAGAGGCGUUAUCUCGUUGGUGAAUGUCAUGAAUGGAGUCAUGCGCAAGGGGUAUAGGAUAGCGUCGUGUCAUACUGGGAAGAAAUACGAAGUGACAGAAGUUGGUGUCAUGCACCCAGAGGAGGUCCCCGUCAUGCAUCUGCAACCUGGCCAAGUUGGCUACAUCGCCUGCAAUAUGAAGGAGUCUACGGAAGCCCAUGUCGGAGAUACACUUCAUCAAGUGAACGUGCCUGUCGAUCCCAUGCCGGGUUUUCAACCUACUAAGGCGAUGGUGUACGCUGGAGUAUUUCCUGUGGAUACCAAUGACUUCAUAAAACUCGAGGAGUCGAUUCGGCGUCUCACGCUUACAGAUCGUAGUGUCACUAUUCAGCGCGAAUCAUCCACAGCUCUUGGACAAGGUUGCAGACUUGGGUUCUUAGGUACUUUGCACAUGGACGUUUUUCGACAACGUCUGGAAGAUGAGUACGACGCGAACAUUAUCAUCACUGCUCCAACAGUCCCCUACAAGGUGAUAUACAGAGACCAAACGGUAAUUGUUAGCAAUCCAACGGAUUUCCCUGAUGAGUGGGGCACGGCAUCUCAUGUUCGCGAGGUACAGGAGCCCAUGGUGAAAGCUUCCAUACUAGUGCCAGAAGAAUACCUUGGUGACAUGAUGGACCUUUGCUUCUCCCGUCGCGCGGAUGACUUGGAUCAUCACUACUUGGAUUCAGGGACUAGCACAUCGGCACGGGUCAUGUUGACAUGCACUCUGCCCUUAAGCGAGAUCGUGACAGACUUUUUUGACCAAUUAAAGAGUAGAAGUUCAGGGUACGCGAGUUUCGACUAUGAGGAUGCUGGUUACAAGGCAAGCGACUUGGUCAAAAUGACCUUCCUCCUGAAUGGCAAACCAGUGGAUGCAUUAGCACUGGUCAUCCAUCGGUCCGUAGAACAAAAAAUUGGCAGGACGUGGGUCAAGAAACUGCACAAGGUGAUCCCGCGGCAAUUGUUCGAAGUCCCUAUACAGGCGGCUGUAGGCAGAAGGAUCGUUGCUCGAGAGACGUUAUCUGCCAUGCGUGCUGAUGUUACUGCUGGCCUGUACGGAGGACACUACGAACGCAAGCUGAAACACCUCGAGAACCAAAAGGAGAGCAAGCGUCGAAUGAAGAAGAUAGGAAAUGUGGACCUGCCGCAGAACGCUUUCUUCGAUAUACUGAGCACCACGGCGAAGUGA